CGGAACGGAGCUGUCAAAGUUCAAUUACUUGAUUCUAUUUAUCGACUAGUGUUGUUUCUUGUUUAUAAAUUGAAAGAAAAUUUAUUCACGCGGCUAUCAAGUACGGGAGUCAGGCAUGAAUGUUGACCGCAGCCCGGAAAGUCCAGUAGAUUUGAGUGAUCGCGAGCAAGCUGUCCUGAUGGAUCCUAUUGACCACGAACGUUGUCGCUAUCCAUAUUGUAUAGUUUGGACUCCCAUUCCGGUUUUAACAUGGAUGUUCCCGUUUCUUGGUCACAUGGGCAUCUGCACCUCUAGCGGGGUGAUCAGGGACUUUGCUGGCCCGUACUUUGUUUCUGAAGACCUGAUGGCCUUCGGGAACCCAACCAAGUACUGGCAGCUGACACCGGCUAAGGCUCACAAUGGGCAACCUGGGUGGGACGCUGCUGUUCAUAAAGCUUCAGAGAUUUAUAAAAAGAGAAUGCAUAUCAUAUUCUACGACAACUGCCACUCUCAUGUGGCGAUGGCGCUGAACCUCAUGGGCUACGGGGGCUGCAAGAACUGGAAUAUGGUGAAGCUGGCUUUCUACAUGAUACCAUAUUCUAAAUAUGUCAGCCUCGGAGCCUUCGUGAAGACGUGGCUGCCGUUCGUUAUCAUCGUCGCAUUCAUCUGCACACUCGCCGCUCUCAUAUAGAUGCCUUUGAUUGUACGAUGAU